CUUUUCUUUGUCUUUCUAAAAUUACUCCAUCCUCAUUUACACCAAUUUCAGUACCUCUCUCUCUCUCUCUCCUUUGCCGGAGAAAUAUCCCACUACAUUCUGGGACCUCAUAUUUCUUUUUCAUUAUCCCCAUAGCGUGCACAUGAGCACAAAUAAGAGUGAGUGUGACUAAGGAAUCUGACAACUCAGCUACCAUUUUUCCUUUGUAAAAUCAACACUACUUUUUUCCUCCUUUCUUCUUCCUAUUUGACCUCCCUGUUUUCCAUUUUCAGUUACUCAAAAAGCUACAACAGAAAGCUACCAAAAGAAGUAAAAACAAGAAACAAAAUGGUGAUGAAGUUGUUCCUUUUGUUGCUUCUUUUUGUCCUUCUAUCAACUAUACAACAAGCACAAGGACUCAAUCCUAUUGAUUUCUCUGCUUUACGUGAUAUUAAAAACAGCCUUACCGACAUAAAUCCUUCUUCUCCAAAUGCAUUUUUCACUAGCUGGAAUUUCACUGUUUCAGACCCAUGUUCCACUUUUGCUGGAAUUUCUUGCUCUACCAAUUCCUUCUUUCCUAGACGGGUCACUUCUCUUACUCUUGGCUCUGGCCUUUCUGAUUCCCCCGGCUUAGCCGGUACGUUAUCUCCUUCUAUUGCUAAUCUCUCCGAGUUAACUCAGCUUAUUCUUUGCGCCGGCAUUGUCACCGGACCUAUUCCUUCUCAAAUCGGAACCCUAAAAAACCUCAGUGUCGUUUCUCUCACUAACAAUCGCCUAACUGGCUCCAUUCCGACUUCCAUUUUCACGCUCCCGAAUCUUCAUACUCUAGAUUUGAGUCACAAUCAACUCACUGGAACAAUCCCGGGUUCGAUAUCCGGGUUAACUGAGCUGAAGGUAUUGAUUAUCGGGUCCAACAAACUCAACGGCGAGAUUCCUCGGUUAUUGCCGGCGGAAUUACUCCAUUUGGAUUUGAGUAACAACCAGUUCUCGGGAAUGUUGAAAAAAAGUAUGCCGUUAACGCUCCGUUAUCUGUCGGUAUCAGGAAAUCGGUUGUGGGGACCACUCAAUGUACUCGAAUCACUCUCAGAGUUAGUGUACCUCGACUUAAGCAUGAACCAUUUCAGUGGGCCCAUCCCUUCAUCUCUUUUCCGUUCCACCUUGUCAUCAAUGUUCCUCCAACGGAACUAUUUGACUGGAGGGGUCCCACAACCACCCCUAUCACCGUCAACCGCCGUCGUCUACGGCUCUGGAUCCACCGUGGAUCUGAGUCAUAACUUGUUAACCGGGAAACUCACUGGUAUUCUCGCCGGAGUAGAAACUCUGUUCCUUAACAACAACCGGUUCACCGGAGAAGUUCCAAAAGAGUACGUGGAGAGUGUUUUCAAUGGAAAUACAAAAACUCUGUAUUUGCAACAUAAUUAUAUUUCUGGAUUUCCGGUGGAAUCGGGAUUAUUAUUGCCGGAUUCAGUAGCAUUGUGUUUGUCGUACAAUUGCAUGGUGCCGCCGCUGCCGGUGGAGUUCAUGGCGUGUCCUGCUAGCGCCGGCGAAGAGGUUUCAAGACCGGCAAAUCAGUGUUCCGCUUUUAAUACUUCCAUGGCAUAAGUUAAAAAUUUGAGUUUCGUCCAUUUGUGAUUUAGAAGAUAAAUAUUCAAUUGUUGUCAGCAUAUAGCACAUGAUACAUAUUAUAGGAGUACGUUAUACAUAUUUUGAUUGGUUCAGUUUUACUGUUUUUGUUUUUGGCUUCUGUUCAAAUUAGUCUCUUAUUUUAGGCUAUAGUUACUAGUUUGAACAAUUGUAAUCUUCUUGACUUGAGCAAAUUUUGACUUUGUUUAUGUAGUAUUAGACUGCGAA